UUCAGUUGUUUUGCAGUUUGUUUUUUUUUUUUUUAGUUUUUGAGAAAAGUUUCGGUAAACAUGGACGGAAAUGAACCAAAUUUGGGUGAAAUGCGAAUUUUGGAGGCGCAUCCAGGGAAAUUGAACAGCGUAGCGAUUGGCGAGCUGCAAGCUGCCAUUAAUAAAAUGGAACCGACAGACAUCUUGCCGAAUCCGAAAGGGUUUAAAUUUACGGCUAUCGAUCAGAUGUGCUUGGACAGUAUCGCCGAUUUGACCGAGUUAAAUUUCAAAGAGGAAGAGAUGAAUUUUGCAGACUCGUUGAAUGUUCGAGAUCCAGAGUUGGAGUUUGUGAGCGCUGGCGGUUUCGCCAAACCGGAGCCGGAAGAACGUGAGGAGGACAUGACUUUUCAAGACUCGUUGAAUGUUCGAGAUCCAGAGUUGGAGUACGUGAGCGCUGGCGAUUUCGCCACACCCGAGUCGGAAGAGCCAGAUGAUGAUGGCGCAUUUGAAGGAUCUGAAAGUUACCCCGAACCGGAAGCUGGUUUAGAAGACUCGGAAGCAGAUGAUACGAUUUAUGACGCGGAAAUUUUAUUUGAUAACUUUAAGGGUGAACUUAAACUCAAGAACAGCACGACCAAGAAGCACACAUAUCGCAUAAGGGAUUCCAACGGAAAAGUGCAUCUUAUAAAAAAAGCAAAAUAGUUUGGAUGCUCACGAACGGAAGAUCGGGACAAGUUGCGACACGCGUUAGAAGAUAUCAGGAGAAAGUUGGCAAAUAAUAAGCUGUAUCAAGCCAACAAUACGUGAUUACAGAUUAAAAAUAAAAACAGAAAUCGAAAGAAAUCGCUAUUUGAAUACUUCGUUUUAUUAUCAGAAAUAAUUCCACUCCAGUAAUUCCAGUAAAUAAUUAGGUAAAUAACAAAAAGCUUAUUCUUAAAUCUAGUCAUUUCUCGAGUGCCAUCAACUGGGGCAAAUAGGGACAGUCUGAAUAGUGACAGUAGUAUUUGAAGCCUUUAACAGAAUCAAAACAAUAAAUGUGAACAGAUUUUGGUGUAGUUUUGGAACUGCACUAAUCGAAACCACACAACAAGUUCAAAAUAUCGAUCAUUACUAUAAUCAAUAUGCUGAAACCGCUGUACCAAAUCGCCCCUGGUGUCCCGAUUCUCCCCAGAUACCAGCAUACCAGCAGGCUAUGGCAACAGGCUUAGCCAAAUGGUUACG